AUGCCUCGGCUCGCACCUGCCGUGUCAGCGCUGGCACGCCAGACCAUGAAGACGGCCUUUGACGAAUUGGAAAGGACUAUCACGCCCGCGGAUGCACGCGACUUUCGAACCACUUCCCUCGAUGCUGUACGGAUGGCAGCCUUGGAACUGGAAAAAAGGAUGGAAGCGAAACAAGCGCUGCGAAACAUGCGCCGCCUGAAACCACUGCUUGAUGGCAUGGAGCACUAUGCAAAAGUCGUUGACAUAUUGUGCAAUGGAACCCCGUUUUUACCGUGGAUAUGGGCGCCCAUCACCCUGAUACUAAGAGUUUCGUCCGAAUACAUCGAAGCCUUCGAAUUAUUGAUGAAAGGGUACGCCAGAAUUGCUUCGAAUCUUGGGAGGUUCGAGAGGCUCAGCUCAGAGUUUCUCACAAAUCAAGACUUUCAACAAACAUUAGCUGUCUACUACGCAGAUAUUCUGCAAUUCCAUAAGCACGCCUAUAUAUUUAUUCGUCGUAGCGGUUGGCGACUUCUUUUCAUUACGUCCUGGGGCCGUUUUCAAAGGCGAUUUGAUAAUCUUCUCGAAGACCUCAAAAGACACGGUGAGUUGAUUGACUCAGAAGCAAACUCCCAUAACAUCGUGGAGGCCGGCCGUAUGCGCACGGAGAUACGACAAUGGAGAGAAGAAAGCCUGGAUCAAGUCAAACGUGACGAAGAGGAGCGAGCUUCCAGUCACUUCAGAUCGGUUCUGUCUUGGCUCAAAAUCGAUGAAUCUGAGCAGCUUUCUAUAUGUGACUCCAUCUUCGACGAAGGCUCAAAAUAUCCUGGUACAUGUUCUUGGGUUACACGCCAUACGAAAAUACGGUUGUGGCUCCAACAGCAGCAAACCAAUCCAGUCGUUUGGUUGCAAGGCAAUCCUGGCACGGGCAAGAGUGUUGCCUCCGGCCAGAUCGUAAAAUUCAUUGACAAUAACGGUCACGCCCUGGUGUUGCGACACUUUUGCACAUACUCGCACGCGGCUUCCACUAAGUACGAUAACAUUGUGAAGUCUUUACUGACGCAGCUCAUUCGUAAGAAUGGGGAACUUGUCGCGCAUGUCUACCAAGAGUGUAUUCUGAGUAAGAAAGCUCCAACCAUCACGCUCUUGGAACAGCUUGUAGGGGCACUCUGCGCGAGCACAACCGAUGAACCUGGCAAGAUGCGAUAUAUAUGGAUAGUUCUGGAUGGUCUGGAUGAGUGCGAGCAGAGUAAGCAGUCUCGUCUGCUCACUUUGAUGAAUCAAAUCACGUCAAGAUCGGCUUCCGAAGGGAACACAGUAUGCAAAGUACUCAUAUCGAGCAGACCGUCGUCAGCGAUCAACAAAUAUCUCCGGAGGAAGCAAGUCGUUUCACUCUCCGACGAAGCGACGCAGCUAUACAAGUCUAUCCAGCUGUAUGCAUCGCAAAGGCUCCUGUCCGCGAUUAAACGGCUCCGACAAUUGGAAAUUGAACACGAAGACAUCAGCGAACUGGCCAACAAUGUCGCGACCAAAGCCCAUGGGAUGUUCCUAUAUGCAAGAUUGGUCCUUGACUACGUCACAUCGAACAUCUUCUACAACCCAGACGAAAUCCGAGAUUCCAUCAACCGACUGCCUCCGAGUUUGACUGAAUUCUACCAGACUAUACUGGCUCAGAUGAUCAAGGGCUUGGAUGCGCGCUCAGUGGAUCGAGUUAAAACUAUUCUAAGUUGGGUGUCAUUUGCGAAACGACCACUGAAGAAGUUGGAAUUGCUUUCGGCGGUAACAGUAGGUCAAGGCAAUCCAGAGGUUGAUCGCCUUGUCCCAUCGUACAUCCUGGACAUCUGCGGACCACUCAUGGAGGAAAGACGCGACUCGACCUUUGCAUUUAUACAUGUCUCUGUAAAAGAAUUCCUCUUGUCCGCUCAAGGCCUCCUCUCGGUUUCCGAGCGUACCGCGAUACGAGAACACGCCACGGCCACGGUUACUGCCCUUUUAGCUGGCAGAAGAAUAUUCAGAGAGGACUUCGACGAGCGUUUACGACUGCUUCAGCUUGUGCGAGGCGUGCAUGGACUCCAUGUUUACGCCACCGAAUUCUGGAUCGAAUAUCUUUUGAGCGAUGCAGCGCUCUCCAAUGGGCCUGAUGUCUCCUCUGACCUGUUCGCGCUAGCGUCGCGCCUGGCGCACGAGCUUAGCGCUGGACGCAUUGAGUCUCUACCCAAAGAGCUUACAGCCCAACCGUCUGACAUUGACGAACGAUUACAACUGUUCCAGGAAUAUCAUCCACUCUAUGAGCAGAUGAAAGCUUCCUUGAAUUCGCGAUCGCGCAAACGUCUUGAAGUCGAAUUGUUCAAACAGCAAGACCCUAGAUCAGUCACUGAUCACUCAAACGCUCUGGACGCCGUAUCGUACAUGCUACAAUCCUAUCAGAAGGCCGUAGAACUGCUCUUGAACGAAGAGUCUCACCCUGGCGUGUCUGCCGAGGAGCUGGAAAACUUCAAGAGCCAGUUCAGAGCUUCGGCGUUCACUUGUCGCCUGCGAUCCUGUCCGAGAGCAACGCUAGGCUUCGAGAACGAUUCUCUGCGACGUGAACACGAGAUGACGCAUGUAGGAGGUCAUCGGUGCUCGGUCGUCAACUGCCAGUACCCUCCUUUCCCGUCGGCAAAAUCUUUGAAAAAUCACACGGAAAACGUUCAUAACCCGGAUCGGGCCCCGAAGUCUAUACGUCACGUCGGACAGCUGAAUGGAUCCAACACGAAUAUGACCAGGUUGAGAAUGGAUCCGUCCCAUCUUACAGGGUCGAAGACGAGGGUAGCAAGUUCGGAGACCCCACUUGGCCCUCUCCCAUCAAAGUCGCCCUUCCAGGAGUUGAAACCUUAG